UCUCUCUCUCUGACACGCAUGCAGCGCGUCUUACUCAGCGUGUAAAGGCACAUUUUCUCCUGGAUCGCCUGAUUGGAUCACAGCGCAAUAGGCUGAAUGUAUGCAGUGCGCACCAUCUGUUCUAAUCCAGCAAAACCCCCGGCUGGCUCAGGCGCAUGUGAAUGGGUCUCUCCCUCUGGGUUUAGCUAGAGUUUCGCAGGCAGGCCGUUUGGUUCAGACUGAGACGCGGUGUUUUCGGAUCAUGGCUGUGCUGCAUCCCCGCCGGAGGAGAGAUGCGCUAGUGUGGCUGCUGCCUGGACUGCUCGGAGUCUGCAUGGCAUUCGGACCCAGUAAAGCAGAGGAGGAAGACUAUGAAGAUGUUCCCAUAAAUAAAACUUGGGUUUUAUCCCCAAAGGUUUAUGACAGUGAUGUCACUCUCAUCCUUAAUAAAUUACUGCAGGGCUAUGACAACAAGCUGCGACCAGAUAUUGGAGUAAGACCAACUGUCAUUGAGACAGCUGUAUAUGUAAACAGCAUAGGCCCAGUGGAUCCCAUAAACAUGGAGUAUACUAUAGACAUCUUCUUCGCUCAGACAUGGUUUGACAGCCGGCUCAAGUUUAACAGCACCAUGAAGCUCCUUAUGCUAAACAGCAACAUGGUGGGAAAGAUCUGGAUCCCUGAUACGUUUUUCCGCAACUCCCGCAAAUCUGACGCCCACUGGAUCACUACGCCCAAUCGUCUUCUGCGCCUUUGGGGCAAUGGACGCGUAAUGUACACGCUGAGGUUGACUAUUAAUGCGGAAUGCUACCUUAAGCUGCAUAACUUUCCUAUGGAUGAACAUUCGUGUCCGUUGGAGUUUUCAAGCUAUGGGUAUCCAAAAAAUGAGAUCCAGUAUAGAUGGCAACGUCGCGCUGUCGAGGUAGCUGACCAACGGUACUGGAGACUUUACCAAUUUGCCUUUGUUGGCCUGCGCAACAUGUCUGAUGUGGCACAUACUCAGUCUGGGGAGUACGUCAUCAUGACAAUCUUCUUUGAUCUGAGCCGGAGAAUGGGCUACUUCACCAUCCAGACCUACAUCCCCUGCAGCAUGAUUGUAGUGCUGUCCUGGGUUUCCUUCUGGAUCAACAAAGAUGCUGUGCCUGCCCGAACAUCUUUAGGUAUCACCACUGUUCUUACUAUGACAACCCUAAGCACCAUAUCCAGGAAGUCACUCCCGAAGGUGUCUUAUGUGACGGCCAUGGAUUUGUUUGUGUCUGUUUGCUUCAUCUUCACCUUUGCUGCACUUAUGGAGUAUGGCACGCUGCACUACUUCACCAGUAACCGUCAAAACAAGAAAACCAAGUCGAGCGGUGCACCGAAAUCAAGCAUGGCGAACAUCAGACCAGGGACGUCUCUGCUCCAGAUGAAUAACAUUGCGCCGUAUCAUGAUGAUGAUGAUUACGCAUACGAGUGUCUGGAUGGGAAAGACUGCACAAGUUUUUUCUGCUGCUUUGAUGACUGUCGCUCAGGGGCAUGGCGUGAAAACAGGAUGCACGUCCAUGUGUCCAAAAUUGACUCCUACUCCCGAAUAUUCUUCCCGACUGCUUUUGGUCUCUUCAACCUUGUCUACUGGAUUGGGUACCUUUAUCUCAUAUAAACAUAUGGUGUGAGUGAAACUAGGACUUAUUUGAAAUCUAAGAAAUAUUUGAAAAGCAUUUGUAAAUUCUCUAUCCUGUUGAUACUAUAUAAGAGAGGGUGGUUAAGAGCAGACGUUUUACCAGUGGUGUCUUUAUCCUUUGAUAUGUUGUAUUUUACUAGGUGAGAAUGUAUUAGUGAAGGAAAGAAAAGAGGUGCAUGUGACAUGCUUGAGGUAUUAUAAUUCAUAUUGCGUUACUUUUUGAAUAUUAACUGCAAAAACUUUUUUUUUAAUAUUGACAGACUGACAAUUUAAUAUUGCAGACUAUUUGAAACAGCGCGUACCAUAUCGAAGACAUAUAUUUACAUUAGACAUAUCUGCCUUGCUCAGUAAUAAAAUAUCUUUAUGAUACGGUGCAAUGAAUGACAGAAGUGUAAUAAACUUGCAUUAUUACAGACUUGCAAAUGACGCAAAAAACAUGUUUUGUGCUGCAUUCUGUGGCCGAAUAAAAUACUUUUAGCUUUCAGCAUACCUAGCAGUUUAAUCAUAUCUACAGCUUUUAGCAGGACAUAUAACAUAUAAUAACAUGUUUGUCUAUUUACCUCUUUAGUCGCUAUGUAGAUUCUGAGCUAAGUAGUUUUGAUUGUAACAGAAAAAGAAAAAAACAACUACAUGCAUAUAUACAAAUAGCCAGCUUCCUUGUGCCCUAUCAAACCAAAGCAUAGGUAGAUUAAGAUUUCUUGAUGUGCUAAAAUUUACCCUUAAGCCAUUCUCUUGGAAAUAGCCAAUAUUUAAAUAUUCAGUAAUACUCGGAUAUUCCUAUAUCUGUAUUAACUGAUGUGAAAAAAAAAAUCUCAUACGUUUCUGUUCAUGUUAAUUUUCUCCCUCACACACACACACACACGCACAUUUAAAUUUUUACACAUAUCCGUUAAGCAAAAAAAUGAUGUUGAUGUUAUGCACAAUGACAGAAAGGCCAGUAUACUUUCUCUAUAAUCUUUAGUUCCACAACUAACAAUAUUUAGUUGAGUAAAUGCACAAUAAUAUUUCUAACAAAGCUUCUGGUGUAGCUCUCUGUGCCCAAGUAGUUCACAAAGCCACCCUCUCAUCUGUGCUUGUCCAUCAGAGGCUUUGCUUGUUGUUUGCUCUUUGAAUCUGGUGACACGUCAGAAAUCCCAUGGAUAAUGGAACCAAAUGUUCUUGUCUAGAAGACAGCUCUGGUGUUUCGUUUUAUACACGGCUCUUCAGCCUUACCCGAAAGCACAGAGUCAAAACAAUAAACUAUUUAAUUACAUCUUGUCAGCUUAUGUUAAAGCCAUGGAUGCCUUUUGUGUAGCUUAACAUUUCAGAUAUGAACAAUUCACAUAUUAGCUAUGGUAAAAAGAGGAACAUUU